GGGGCGAGCCCGAGGCGCGGGGCUGGGCGCACGUCGAGGGCUGCGGCCAUCGCGGCAGGGCACGGCCACCGGCUGCGCGGGCUCAGGAUCCAGGCGGCUGGACAGAGCACGCGCUGUCGGGCGGGCGGAGAAAAGGAGCGGGCUCUGAGCAGCCCCCACCUUUGUUUAGGGAGGACACCAGGCCCACAGCCGAGGACAGUAGCGUCGGUGAUCUGAAGACUGGUCCAGGGACACAAUGAGCAGCACUUCUCCAACUUUAAUGUGCACUGAGCCACCUGGGAUCUUGUUAAAAUGCAAGUUCUGACUCAGCAGCCACAGGGCCUGUGAAGAUGCUGGCGGUUCCGGAGAUGGGCCUGCAAGGGCUGUACAUCGGCUCCAGCCCAGAGCGGUCCCCAGUGCCUAGCCCACCCGGCUCCCCAAGGACCCAGGAAAGCUGUGGCAUUGCCCCCCUCACACCGUCACAGUCCCCAAAGCCUGAGGCCCGAGCCCCCCAACAAGCCUCCUUCUCUGUGGUGGUGGCCAUCGACUUUGGCACCACAUCCAGUGGCUACGCCUUCAGCUUUGCCAAUGACCCUGAGGCCAUCCACAUGAUGAGGAAAUGGGAGGGUGGGGACCCAGGUGUGGCCCACCAGAAGACCCCCACCUGCCUGCUUCUGACCCCAGAGGGAGCCUUUCACAGUUUUGGCUACACCGCACGCGACUACUACCAUGACCUAGACCCUGAGGAGGCGCCGGACUGGCUCUACUUUGAGAAGUUUAAGAUGAAGAUCCACAGUACCACUGAUCUCACCUUGAAGACCCAGCUGGAGGCUGUAAAUGGAAAGAAAAUGCCUGCCCUGGAAGUGUUUGCUCAUGCCCUACGCUUCUUCAAGGAACAUGCCCUUCAGGAGCUGAGGGAGCAGUGCCCAUCGCUGCCAGAGAAGGACACGGUGCGCUGGGUGCUAACGGUGCCUGCCAUCUGGAAACAGCCGGCCAAGCAGUUCAUGCGGGAGGCUGCCUACCUGGCUGGCCUGGUGUCGAGAGAAGAUGCAGAGCAGUUACUCAUUGCCCUGGAGCCUGAGGCUGCCUCUGUCUACUGCCGCAAGUUGCGUCUGCACCAGCUCAGGGAUCUCAGCAGCAGGGCCCCAGGCAGUGGACGCCUGGGCGAGCGCCGCUCCAUCGAUUCUAGCUUCCGGCAAGCCCGUGAGCAGCUGCGGAGGUCCCGCCACAGCCGCACUUUCCUGGUGGAAUCUGGCGUCGGGGAGCUGUGGGCAGAGAUGCAAGCAGGAGACCGCUACGUGGUGGCAGACUGCGGGGGAGGCACGGUGGACCUGACCGUGCACCAGCUGGAGCAGCCCCAUGGCACCCUCAAAGAGCUCUACAAGGCGUCUGGCGGCCCCUAUGGCGCGGUGGGCGUAGACCUGGCCUUCGAGCAGCUGCUGGGCCGCAUCUUCGGCGAGGACUUCAUCUCCACCUUCAAAAGGCAACGGCCGGCAGCCUGGGUGGAUCUGACCAUCGCCUUCGAGGCUCGCAAACGCACUGCAGGCCCACACCGUGCGGGGGCGCUCAAUAUCUCCUUGCCCUUUUCCUUCAUCGACUUCUACCGGAAGCAGCGAGGCCACAACGUGGAAACGGCCCUACGCAGGAGCAGUGUGAACUUUGUGAAGUGGUCCUCACAGGGAAUGCUCAGGAUGUCUUGCGAGGCCAUGAACGAGCUCUUUCAGCCCACGGUCAGCGGGAUCAUCCAGCACAUAGAGGCGCUGCUAGCGCGGCCCGAGGUGCAGGGCGUGAAACUGCUGUUCCUAGUGGGCGGCUUCGCUGAGUCGGCGGUGCUGCAGCACGCGGUGCAGGUGGCGCUGGGCGCCCACGGCCUGCGCGUGGUGGUCCCGCACGACGUGGGCCUCACCAUCCUCAAGGGCGCGGUGCUCUUCGGGCAAGCGCCGGGCGUGGUGCGGGUGCGCCGCUCGCCGCUCACCUACGGCGUGGGCGUGCUCAACCGCUUUGUGGCUGGACGCCACCCUCCCGACAAGCUGCUGGUUCGCGACGGCCGCCGCUGGUGUACCGACGUCUUUGAGCGCUUCGUGGCGGCCGAGCAGUCGGUGGCCCUGGGCGAGGAGGUGCGGCGCAGCUACUGCCCGGCGCGCCCGGGCCAGCGGCGCGUGCUCAUCAAUCUGUACUGCUGCGCUGCCGAGGACGCGCGCUUCAUCACCGACCCGGGGGUGCGCAAGUGCGGCGCGCUCAGCCUCGAGCUGGAGCCCACAGAGGGCAGCGCCAACGCUGCCGGCGCGCACCCUGGACGCCGCGAGAUCCGCGCCGCCAUGCAAUUUGGCGACACCGAGAUUAAGGUCACCGCCGUCGACGUCAGCACCAGUCGCUCAGUGCGCGCCGCCAUUGACUUUCUUUCUAAUUGAGGGCGGGCAGGCGCGGUGCCAGGCCCCGCCCUCUUUCGGUCUGGGGAUCUGGAGAGCAGGCUCAGCUCGGCUCUGGCAGAAGAACCUGCUUGUUCUUGUGUCAGGGCCCCUUUCCCCCGCCCUCUUGUCCGGGGAGAUGAGGUCGCAGGACGGGUGGGGACAUCCAGAAGAUUCUGGCUUUGGGAUUGGGUCCUGGUCUGCUGACUGUAAGGCUGAGGGGUCUGCCAAGGACUGAGGUCAAGGAGCUAGAUUUUAAGAAGGCACACCCGUAGGGAGCACGUGACCCUGAAGCAGCGUGCAUCAGAGACUGAGCCCUGGCCUGAACUGGGGGUGGGAGUUGGAGGUGGGAGUGAAAGCCGCUGGGAGAGGCCAAGCAAGGCCACCAAAGAAGGGGCAGCAGGAUGAAGAUGGGUGUGCAGAGCCCACGCCUGAAGGGCCCAGUGCACUGACUGAUGGGCUCAGCCUGUGUUGCAGAAAAACAGAAGCUGCCCGGAGAGAUGGGUAGUAGGACCACCCUGGGUGUGGUCUUGACCACCCAAAGAUGACUGUUAAAUGUAGAAAGGGCUGAGCAGGAGAGGGCACAGGGUGAAGGCACUUAAUGAGGGGAUGUGGGGAUGCACUUGCCCUUUCAUUGAAGACAAAUGACCCAGCUGGGUAGAUGGAUGCCCCACUUUAACCAAUCCCAGCCACAGAAGGGCAUCGAGGGUGGGGUGGGGAGGGAGGGCAGAGGGAGCCCUGAGGACUGGUCCCAGCACUGCCAUCAACUUAGUGUGCCAUGAGGACAGUCCCUGCCCACCAGACAUGCAACAGCCCCACCUGCCUGAGAACCCAAAGGUGACAAUAAAGCCUUUAUGCUCAA